AUGGCGAAAAAACCUAAUGGAGGACUUCGAUUCUGUGUUGACUUCCGGAGACUGAACGCAAUCACCAAGAAAGACUGCUACCCCCUGCCGUUGAUUGACGAGGUAUUACAACGAACAAGCAAGGCGAAGAUCUAUACGAAGCUUGAUAUCCAGCAAGGCUUCCACCGGAUUCGUUUGACACCAGGAGCAGAGGAUCUUACUACAUUCCGCACAAGAUAUGGAUCUUUUAAGUACAAGGUGACACCAUUUGGUUUGACGAACGGACCGGCGACCUUCCAGAGAUUCAUGAAUGAUGUUCUUCGAGAAUGCUUAGACGAGUAUGCAGUCGCCUUCGUGGAUGACAUCUUGAUCUACAGUGAGAACGUCGAAGAUCACCAACGACAGGUCAGAGAAGUACUCCGUCGUCUACAGAAAGCAGGGUUACAAGUGGCCCUAUCAAAAUCCGAAUUUUCAGUGAAGGAGACCAGGUUCCUUGGAUUCAUUGUGAGCACCGAUGGUAUAGCGGUGGAUCCAGAGAAGAUUCGUGUGGUCCAAUCAUGGACGAUACCGACCACAGUGAAAGGAAUACAGUCAUUCUUAGGAUUCUGCAACUUCUACCGACGAUUUAUUCAGGGAUAUAGUGCUAUUUCGAAACCAUUGCAUCGACUAACAAGACAAGAUAUUCCGUUCGAGUGGUCAGAGAAUUGUGAAAGGGCAUUCCAAACUCUGAAGAAUAAGCUAGUUAGUGCACCGAUCCUCCGACACUACGAUCCAGUUCGACAAACCCGAGUUGAGACAGACGCAUCUGAUGGAGUUAUGGGAGCAGUGCUCUCCCAGUACUAUGAACAGGAAGAUUUCUGGCACCCGGUAGCGUUCUACUCGAAGACUAUGCAACCCGCAGAAUUGAACUAUGAAGUACGUGACAAAGAGCUUCUUGCAAUUGUUCGUGCUUUACAGGAAUGGAGACCUGAACUUGAAGGCCUAUCCCAGAAGGAUCGUUUCGAGAUCCUCACUGACCAUCAGUCACUUGAGUACUUCAUGACAACCCGACAAAUGAACCAACGACAGGCGAGAUGGAAUGAGUUCCUAUCUCAGUUCCGUUUCGUAUCAAAUACCGUCCCGGGAAGAAGAACAUUAUUGCUGAUGUCCUAUCACGAAAAGAAUCUCCUUGUGUAG